AUGUUGUUUUCGAUUCUCCAGCCUCCGUAUGUUGCUUUGGGCAUCAAAAAUGGCAAAAUGCUCAUGAGGGUUCGUCUUCGGCCCUUCGCCGAACAUCACAGCUACACCGUCCCAAUUUCACCCAAGCGGUUAGCACUCGUGAUUUUUCCGAUCGAGUUCGCCCUUCCGGCAACAGAGAAGGUUCACUUCGACGAAGAACAUGGAGUGUGGCAUUUGGUUCCUCCCCCUAUCGCGGUUGUUGUCGCGACUGCCAGCGACAAGAAGAUAGACUCAACACCAGCAGGUGGAGCUACCCGGCUAGCAAGCCAGCAAACAGAAGACCUCGAGACUAGUUCUAAGGCCGCGGAGCACAGUCUCUCAACCAGCGAAAAGGGUUCAAACACCUCUGGUCAUGAAGGAGGAGACGGAUUCGUUGGCUCCACUAGCUCAGGCAAGAGUGCAGACCAACCUCUCUUGCAUGCCGACGAAAAUGAACAAACAGAGCAUUUGCUAUCAACGUUGCGUACGAACCAUCGGCGGGCAUCGGCGAACGGAACCUGCCUUUCCGGGAGCGAGUCACGACCAGCAAUCGAGGAAAUCGACGGAGAAGGUUUGCUCGGCGAGAGUGAUGCAGGAAGGGAAGUGGAAGGCACAACAAACAACAACCAGAUGAGGACAAUAAGUGAGCGGCUUGACUCGAAACGAGAGUUGGCCCAAGAAGAGACAACCAGGGUCCCUGGAAAUGACGAGAAGGAAAGUAAUCCUUCCGCAGAACCGGUAUCCGAAAAGGAAGAUAACAUGCCGGUGGGCACGAGAAGCGGGUCUAGAUCAGGAAAGGGCAAACAAACAACCGUUUGGGCCGAACAAGGACAUCCAAGCUCUAGCGACACCAAGGGCAUGAAAAUUCUGCCGCAAGGCGUGGACCAGAAUAAGGAGGAAGACCAGAAGGAGAUAGUGGGAGGGUGUGGAGAGGGGCAGCGGAACGGCGACGGGAUCGCACCCGGGACGGCACCGCUGGAGUUGUCUGGUGGGAGCGACAACCGUUUUCUCCAGGACACAGGAAAGCCUGACCGCCCAGGAAAACCUGCCAUCGUAGAGUUGAGCACCGCAACCCCAGCGCCGUCAGCGAACUCUCGGGGUUUUAUGGUCAAAGGAUCAGCUGGUCGUGAUAGCAAGGGAAGCAAUGCGGCUCUAUGCGUGACUUGGAGGGGAAAGCCCAUGACGUUGACAGAACCCGUCUUGAUAAGCCUGAAGGAAUCAACCAUCCCACAAGCUCGCGUCGAGCUUGAGGAGAAGGGCGAGAUGAAGAACCAGCGACGGGAGAGCAUGUCGACUGGCAGUAAACGGGAUGUGACUGACAACCCGUGGUCGUCGUAUGAGGACUCGGAACCAGCACGUGGUCCGGCCUCUCAGGGACGCAGUGGAGACAGAAGGCGAGAAGCGACCGUAGAUACCGGAAGCAAGCUCGGGCCGUGCGCCAGAGAGGGAAAAGCCGAUCCCUCUGCUCAGCACAACGGAAGAUACUUGGAAGAGAAACACGACGGCUCCAGCAGACUUGACGCUGUGGAGAACGAGGAGGAACACCGCGCCGAAAGCAAAGACUCACAACGAAGCGGCGCUCCACGAACUCACUAUGAAGGCAAAGCAUUGCCAAUGGUCCAGCGGGGUACGCCGACUUCCUCGCGAAGGCCAACACGCCAAGCGGUUUUCUCGUCCGAGCCGUACUUCGGCCCGCCUAUCGCCGCAUGCCCACGCGCUUGGCCCGCCGAGUCAACAAAGACAAUGGCUUGCGCAACAGACGGGCGUCCCGGACACCAUGCCCGACGAAGUCACCGUGCGGGUUACAGUUCAAGCGCUAGCGAUGACUUGCAAGACAAGCAGUGGUCAGGGGAGCCGGCGAUGGAAUCGAACGGUAACCGAUGA